ACACACCGACGACGACACUCUAGCGAACAGCCCCAGCAACAUGCGUCUAUUUGGUACUUGCGGUACCACAGCAGCACCGGUGGCAGCCGCGGUCGCCGAGGUACGGCGCUUUCGAUGGCGACAUCGACGGGCGGUAGUGGUGCGGACAGUUCUUUCCCGAGAGGCCGAAGGGGCACCAAAAGACCAGCAGGAGAAGAAUCCCCCGCAGCGAGACCGGCAGAACGCCACAGCGCGUGCGAAAGCACGGCGUCAGCGAUAUCGACAGACGAGCUUGCAUCGCCACCACCAGACCAGGCAGCAGUAGCCAUGGAAGACCCGAACAGCAGAUCAACGACAGCAGUGGGAGAGGGCAUAGAUGUAACUCCGGGUCUGCCGGCACCUCCUGGACAGCCGCGGAAAGAAGUUCUGGCAAAUAAGUCAACAGCGUUGAUGCCAGAGCAAGACGGUCAAACUGGUUUCAAGCUGGAGACGAGCGGGGAGGGAGGGGGCGACUUUGCGGAGGAGGAUUUCGACGGCCCAAUCGCUGAGUCGUACGCGAGGGGGAGGUGGCUCCUGGGGCUGUUGGUCCUCCAGUCCUCGAGCUCUUUCGUGCUCGACCACUACCAGGACCUUCUGCGCGAGCACGUGGUGGUGACCCUAUUCCUCACGAUGCUGGUCGGAGCGGGCGGGAACGCGGGAAACCAAAGUGCUAUCAAGGUUAUUCGAGGCCUGGCGACGGGACGCUUCACCCCUCAUGCGGCGUGUGCCUUGAGUGUCAUCGGGGAUCAGGCAAUUGUCGGGAUUCUGCUGGGGACGGCCCUUGCCGCCGGGGGCUUCGUUCGCGUCUGGGUUACGGAAGGCACUACUCUGAGGGAUGCAAGCGCCAUCUCUUCGAGCCUCUUCCUGAUCGUGAUGGCAUCGGUCCUGCUGGGUUCGGCACUUCCUUUCGGAUUCGCUCGCGCGGGCGUAGACCCUGCCAACGCCGGCACAACCAUUCAGGUGGCUAUGGACAUCGUCGGAGUCGCGGUAACCUGCGUGACCUGCUCCCUGGUCUUGACCCAGCUGGAUCAGGUCCUUACCCUUCCUCUUUGAGCGGUCUUGACCCAACUGGAUCAGGUCCUUGCCCUUCCUUCGAGCGGUGUUGACCCAACUGGAUCAAGCCCAUGGUUUGAGCGGUCUUGACCAAACUGUUGGAUCAGGUCCUUGCCCUUCUUCUCUGAACGGGGAGAGCGUCAAAGUGCGGUCGGGGCUGGCUGCGAUCGAUGCAAUCUCCUCGGAGGGGGUAUCGCGCAACUGCUGCUGCGUAGGGGUCGACGUGCGUAGUGUUAUCUGCUGUAUGUGUGUAUUUAGAUGAGAAAUAAUGGAAACGCUUUGGUAACCUUUGCCUGCACCUUGCGAGAUAUUCCAGCUCUGUUUGUGUAGAUAGACUUGUAGACUACCACGAAAUGCGCCUUUUUUAACGUGAAGUUUGAACCCACGACUUUGAUGAUCAAUCCACGAGUUCUGAAUUGGUGACCCGUUACUAGAGAGCGAGAGAAAAUGUGCCCGCAGUGUUGUGGUGGCGAUACUUUUUGAAAGAGGAGGCGUCAGUUAGUGAAUGAAGCAACAAUGAGGGCUAGGUGUUGGUCUUUCGUGUGUUGCGUGUGUUUGUGUUCAGAAGGUCACCUCCGCAAUGCCCGUAGAUUUCUUGUAUUUUGUCUCCCGGUUUUGUUUUGCAGUUGUUGUAUCGUUAGUUCCUAGCCCGCGGUAUUUCGCCACCACAGAGAAUCGUUUCUUUGCCGUGGAGAGUCAGUUGUACAGAUGAGGUCAGAAGAACAACUUUUGAUGCUAAUGAACAUAGACCGAAGUUUGGCGUG